AGCAACAAUUUAUUUAAUUUUAAUCAAGGUCUAAAGCAUGGAGAUGUGGUGGGAGUUUGGAGUACAAAUUCAUACAACUGGGUCCAAAUACAAUAUGCGUGUUUUAGACUGGGGCUAAUCUUGAGCACAGUCAAUCCAGGUUAUCAGGUGGACGAGCUGGAUUAUUUAUUGCGUAGGGCACAGAUUAAGGCACUGUUUAUGCCGGGGGCAGACAGCAAGCACAACGUGGUCAAUAAGUUUCAAACAGUUUUAACCGAUGUAUUGAUUAAAGACUCUCAGACUGAUUUCACGUCAAAUGACGGCGUUUUGGACCAAACAUUGGUGGAUGGCGUGAAACCCGAGGACCCUGCUGUCAUUAUGUUUACCUCGGGAACUACAGGCAAACCUAAAGGCGCUUACCUGUCACAUUUUACUGCUGCCUACGAUGUGGACCUGGGUGACAAGACAUUUUGCAAUCCCUUACCCUUUUUCCAUGCAUUUGGCGGUAUGCUGGGUAAUCUCGGCAUGUGUGGUGUCCCGUUUAAAAACGUGAUCCCAAACUUCUUUUAUAACGUGAAACUUGUUGUGAACGCAAUCAACAAGCACCAGUGCACCUACCUAAUUGGCACGCCUACUAUGAUUAUUGAUAUACUGGAUUAUUUGGAAACUAAUAAUAUUAAACUGGAUUCAUUGAAAGGUAUUAACACGGGUGGGUCAUCCAUGCCAAUUAAUGUGGCUCAUAGGGUGCAUAAAAUCAUACCUACCUGUACAGAUGUCCGAGUCGCUUACGGUGCGACUGAAGCCGGGGAACUCCUAUCCCGUGGACAUAACCAAAUGAUUGGCUACUGGAGGGAUGAGAAAAAUACCAGGGCUGCCAUUGACAGUAGUAAUUGGUAUAAAUCUGGAGACCUUGCUACAAUGGAUGAGCAUGGUUACAUCAAGAUUGUUGGUCGCACCAAAGAGAUGAUUAUAAGAGGCGGCGAAAACAUAUACCCCCGAGAAGUGGAGGAAUUGCUGCACAAACACCCGGAUAUACUCGACGCAUACGUCCACCAUAGGACGGGUGAAGAGGUGUGCGCUUGGAUUCAACCCAAGGAUCCCAACAAAAAGCCUACGGAAGCCGAGAUCCGGGAGUUUUGCAAACAACGGAUAACCUAUUUCAAAGUACCCCAGUACGUGCUGUUUGUGGAUAAGUUCCCGUUAACACCGGCGGGUAAAGUGAAAAAGUUUGUGAUGAGGGAACAGUCGUGUCGUAUACUCGGUGACCUUGCUACAAUGAAUGAACAAGGCUAUAUUAAGAUUAUUGGUCGCACUAAAGAGAUGAUUAUAAGGGGUGGCGAAAACAUAUACCCCCGAGAAGUGGAGGAAUUGCUACACAAACACCCGGAUAUACUCGACGCAUACGUGUGUGGAGUACCGGAUGAUAGGCUCGGGGAGGAGGUCUGUGCGUGGAUUCAGCCCAAGGAUCCCAACAAAAAGCUUACUGAAGCCGAGAUCCGGGAGUUUUGCAAACAACGGAUAACCUACUUCAAAGUGCCCCGGUACGUGUUGUUUGUGGACAGUUUCCCGUUAACACCGGCGGGUAAAGUGAAAAAGUUUGUGAUGAGGGAGCAGUCGUGUCGUAUACUCGGGUUGAAUGAAAAAUAA